GGUAGAGUUUUGUCAAACAGGCUGGGACAGCUAAUGGUUUGUUCCUUGGAUAAUGAGAGGAAGGUCCAGCCACCGACACAUCACCAGUGUUUGGUGGGGACAGAGGACGUGUGCUGCAAGUAUUGACUUGCUAUGACCGUCUCGCAUAUCCCUGAAUGCAGUGCCUUAUCACUGUAUAACAGUGUCAGGAGUUUUCAUACUGCUGUGAUGCUUCAGCAUGGUUUGACCAUUGGCGCCAACAGUUUGGUAACUCUAAGAAUCAGUGCAUGAAGUGUGUGGAUUAUUGUGUGGUAUUCUGAUUACUGUGGAAUGAGGGAUGCUAGGAUGGAUGCGGCUGGGUGAGGGAAGUUGGAGAUUGUGUCUUGAUAUGCUGUAUCCUACGUUCACCUGUUUGUGUGGCUGAGAAAUGUCUGCCGCGAUGGGAUCCGAGGAAAAGCACAAAAUGAAGAGGGUCAGGAAGACCUUUUCCCUGUCCAACAUGCAAAAGAGUGGGAGGGCCGCGCUGGCGAGGAGUCGGAGUAUCGACCACCAGAUUGAUGAGGAGAGGGAGCGGAGGCAGAAGGAGGUGCAGCUUCUCAUCCUGGGCGGGGCAGGGUCAGGGAAGAGCACGUUCAUCAAGCAGCUUCGACUCCACUACGGCGACGGCUUCCCAGAGAGCGACAGAGGUCAGUUCGUGUCUAGCAUCCUCCAGAACUGCUGCAACGCCCUCAACGUCAUCCUCGACAUGAUGAAGGAGAUGGACGUGGUCUUUGAGAAAGAGGACACCAAGAGAACCUCGGCUGAUUUUCGAAAGAAGUAUCCACGGAUUUCCCUGCAGGUGAUUCUGAAGAAGUUUACGGAGGAUCAGGAAGAUGCAGCCAAUGACGAGUCAGCCACACUCAGAUCUCACAUCGAGAUCACAAAGAGGCUCUCCACGCUGAACAUCCUGAACCCCGAUAAGCCUGAUGUCAGUCUCCUGCAGGCAGUGUGGAGCGAUGGCGGUAUACAGUGCUGUUAUGCUCAGAGGAAAAAGUUCUCCGACAGACUCUCAAAUGGGGAAGAGUAUUUUCUUGAAAAUAUGGACAGAAUAUGUCGAAAGAACUUUAUCCCCAACAUACAGGACAUCAUGUAUAUCAGGAACCCGACUCUAGGUGUGCAAGAACAUGUCUUCAGCAUUGACAACUUAACCUACAGGGUGAUAGAUGUGGCUGGCCAGAAGAGUCUGCGCAAGAAAUGGAUACACUUCUUUGAAGGGGUGACUGCUGUCAUUUUCUUUGCCUCCCUCAGCGGGUAUGACGAGGUCCUGGAGGAAGAUACCAGCAUUAACAAUCUACAGGACAGCCUCCAGGCUUUCCAUGAAGUGUCCCACAACCACUUCCUGGAGAAGACCGACUUCAUCCUGUUCCUCAACAAGCGAGACCUGUUCAUGGAGAAAGUCCGCAAGACCAGCAUCAGCAAGUGUUUCCCCACGUUCAAUGGUGAGAAAGAGCCGGACACAUGUCUCCAGUACAUCAGGGACCAGUUCCUGCAGAACAAGCCUGGAUACAAGCAAGUCUACAUCCAUGUCUCCUGUGCCAUUGACGUCCAGAUGAUGAAGGACAUCCUCUCCAAUGUCGUAGACAUCAUCGUUGAGCUCAACCUCCGCAAAGCUGGCAACUUUUGAUCGAUGGAGAGGUUGUCUAUCAUUGUCUCAAUGGAUAUUACAUCAUUAGAGAUAAAAGGAGAUAGUCAAGAGGAGAUAUGGAUGCUGAUUCAUCACCAUCACUAGAGAAGGCAGAGGUUUAUUCCAAUAUGAAAGGAUUUCUGUUAAUUUGAAGUCAGUAGGACAUUUUUGUUAAUUUAAUGGUUCUCAUCCAAAACCUAAACCCACCUGUUUCACACCUGUAGUAUCCUAACCUAUUCCAGCUUUUAGAUGUCCACAAUUCCUAACAUCAAGUUGAGAUAUGUCCUCCCCCGUCAUUAAGUAUUGUUGAAAUGGAAAGAAAUAUGAAGUGUUCACUGCAAAACAUAGAUGGCGCAAUCACAUUAUGACACUUAAAUAUUGUUACCAUGUCCACAUGUCAUUGUUAGCCCUGCCAUUUUGUUAUGAGAAUUGCUAUACAGCAGUCAGAAACAGGGGAUAAUGAGGCACUUCACUCGUAUAUAAUCAGAUGUUGCUGAGCAGAGAUGGUUCAUGAUCCAAGAGAUAUAUGGCUAAAGCUUUACUCCAAGAAUAUUGGACAACCUUUGAAACAGUUUAGUGGCAAGGCAUAAAGCCCUGCUGACAAGAGCUUUGGUCAAGGAAGCCUUGGGCCUUAAGAUUUGAUGGCAUUGAAAUGAAUUGCUGAGCAGAAUGACAUGGAAUGGUUGUUCUUGGACUGAUAUGAAUCAUGUUUUCAGACUGGCAUGCCCUGUUUGAAAUGACAAGUAAUUAUGGUAUGAUGAAGAAUAUGGAUAUGCACGGGUGCCGACAUGAAUUGAUGAAGAAUAUGGUUGGUAAAUGAUCAGAUGCAUGGACUUUUAGUACCAUGGAUCAAAGUUGAACUGACAUGAAUAAUGGUUUGAUGUGAAAUUGGCUUUGGAGCUGAUAAGAGCAAUGGUUUGAAACACGAAACACAUACUGAUUUCACCUGGAAUGUGAUGUGAACAAUAGGUACCAUGAAAAAUGCUUUAGAAAUGGCAUAAUUCAUGGAACUGAUCAGAUGAGUGGACUUGAAGCACCAUGAGUCCUGUUUUUGAACAGGCACAAACAUGGCUUGAACUGUAUGAAAUUGGAUAUGGGACUGACCUACAAAGGAGUAUCGGUGUGAUAUGAAAUAUGGUUAACAGGAAUGUUGAUCAGGAAAUUGCAGGAGGAAUGGUUUUGAACUGACAUAAAUCUGGUUUUGCCAAUGGUUAACAAGAACAUCAAAUUCAAUGGAGUUUGAUGUGAAUGAUGGGAUGGUGUGAAAUAUAGAAUUGCAACAUCAUGACUCAUGUUGUGAAUUGGCAUGAUUCAUGAGUUGGAACUUAUAUUGGAUUUUAACUGGAUCGAAAAAUGGAUCGGAUAUGUUGUGCCAUGAGUUGAUGUUCUAGAACCAACAUCAACCAUGGUCAACGAACUGAUGGAAAUAUUGAUUUGUAGAAACACGAACCAUGUUUAUGACUUGACUCCAAGGAUGUUAGAAGUCAUGGCAAAAUGGUUGUAAUGUGUGAGACAUUGACCAGCUGUCAGACGUAGUAAUGAGUUUAUGAUGACAUCAUGAAGAAAACGUAGCCACAAAUUUAUGGAUGUCACCCAACUGUGCUGCUCUGUCCUGACAAGAUGAAAAAGGACAUGAUGAGGAUGAGAAGCCUCUAACUGUGUAACUACAGGAGUACCAUGAUCCUGAGCCAGCAAGUGACUGACCAACUGGACAUCGUGGCUCUCAAGCCAAUGCCCAUCAGACUCCGCAGAAAGUCACUGGCUGGUGUUUGUCUUUAUGAAAUCUAACCGAUGUCAUAGAAUACGAUGAAUGCUGAACACCCUGUCACAGUGAACAAGGCAUGCCCUUGAUACAAAAUGAUAAGGAAGGGAUGACACAUGUGACUUAGGAUGAAGGUCAAAGAAGGAUUAUUCUGCAACUACCGAGAAAAGUCCAAAGUGUACGACUGGAAAGUCCAAAGAGGAAGGUGUAAGGAUGGUUCUGAUGCCCAACUGGAUAUGGUCAUCUGAGGAAGGUCUUAAUGAUCAUCAGGUGUGAUGCUGUAUCUGAUAACACAUAGCAUACCUUCUUCUGGGAAGGAUAUGAAAAAGCCAUUAGGUAUGAAGCUGUUCUGAUGCUGAUUAUGGGCCACCCAAUCAUAGCAUCUUGAAGCGUGGAGUUCUCUACACACAGUGCAGACAAGGGAUCACAUCAGGGCAGUGGUCUUCAUUUUCUGAAAGCAUCUGGACACAUAGAUCGGGACAGUCACUCAAGUAAUUCUCAUUUAGAAGGAAUGAAACUUAUAUCAGGUCUAUUUUGAGUUAUGGCACAUAUGAAUGUCAGAACUUGAGGUUCAGAUCUCUUGGAUUUAAAGAUGAAUGAUAAAGAAAAAUUCUUGAAGAUGUUCAUUCUUGUCAUUAAAGUGGAAUUUAUCCUCAAACAAAAAUGAUUUUUCAUCAUAUUGUCUUAUCAAAAUAUGUUUUUUGGGGCUGCAUAAUAUCGGCUAAAUUUGUUUGAGACUGAAAUCUAAAAACAAUGAUACUUUCAUGAGACUUGCUGAAUUUAAGAAUACCUUUCGUCCACAUUUUAUAACGGUCUUAUUCAUGAAUAUAGUUUUUGACUUGGUCUAAAUAUUGUUUUCAAAGUUCUUAUCACCAUGCAUGUCAAUGUUGAACAAACCCAUAGACUAUAUUUUAAUUCAACUGUGUCACUACCCUUGGUGUUUUUGUAUGUUAUUUGUCAUAACGCUGUUUAUUUCACAUUAGUGAUGAUAAACAAGUUUUGGUCAUUGUACGUGUGAAAUGUUUAGAUACAUGAGUAUUUGCAUGAACACUGCUUGUCAUGUCUAGAUAAACAAAGUGUGAAGUUAUCACCUGACCAUGAGAGCUGUAGCUAACGAGGGACUCCAGCUCCCUCCCCUGUUUUACUGGCGUUGUUACCAUGACCAGUUCAGGAUCAUUAUGUAACUGUAACUUCUUCCCCUACAAGGAAGGUAUAGUUGGCUACAGCUCUGCUUAUGUGUCACAUUUUAGCAUCGUGUUUGGUGAAACAAAUACCGAUAACAAAAAAUGACAUCAAUCUUAUUUAUGUAAAUAAGAUGUUUGUCAAAACACCGAGACAACUGAAGUGUUGCCUGAAUAUUUUCGGAUGUAAUACUGGAAUGUAAAUGGGGAUUUGGGAACUGAGAUGUCAAAACCUUCUCAUGUGUUUGUUUUUGAUCUUUAAAAGGAAUUUGGUACAUAGAUACCACACAGUUGAAUAUAUGGAGUAUUCUAAUCUCCGUUGUCUUGAUUCUAAAAAAAAUAAUCAUGUUUUUUUCUGGAUGUUCAUGGUAUACAGUACCAUGUUCUUAUAGUCUGCACUUUGGCACCCACACGUAUCACAACUACACAAAUAUAUCCCUUUUGCACACGAAGCAUGAAGCACUAACAUGAUAUAUAUAUGCAUAGGAAGGAUUCUAGGAACAAGGAAUCCUUUUGGGAUUGUGCUCAACCGGUUUUGGUAUUCUCCUUCUCUAUUUGAUUUAGUUCCUUUUGGUUUGGCAACUCUGUUUUUGUCUGGAGACAUAAUCAAGUUCAGUUUCAACUUUGACCUCCUUUAUAUUAUUUAAGUAAGCUGCUAUCAUACUUGAAGAGUCUCUGAACAAUAACAGUGAAAAUGUUGUGUGAAUCAAACAGAAUGUGCUGUAAGCAUCCCAGAGAAGCUGGUCAGGUUUGUAUCAUCUGACCUUUGACCUCAUUAUUAACUUACUUAUUGAUAGGCUUUCAAAUCUGACCAUUUUCCGAGGACUUGCUUAUGAAACAAAAGUUAAAGGACUAAUAAAUGGAGGAGAAGAUUGAUAGGGUACUGAUCUGACAAUAGCUUGAUUGUUCUUACUUAAUAAGGCAUAUUUAACCAGAGCUGGUUGUCUGGCUCAAUCCCACUGCCCUAUGCAAUAUCAUGGCACGACAAUAGAAUCACACAAGUAGAACUGCACACCAGAUAUUCUAGUUAACAAUGGAAAUGUAUUUAUUGACUGAUAUUGAUGACCAGAUAUGGACGUUGGGGAAGGUAAUACAAUUUUUGUCCAAGAACUGUAGUUGGAGAAUGGAACAGAAUAACACAUGAUAUCUGAUUUGUUUUGAACCUCUGUUCUCGAGGUAAUUGACUUGACAACUUUUUCUUGCAUUGACAUAUGUAUCAAAUGUUUUUUUUGCUUUGUUGAAAAAGUAUAAAAACCAAAAAAAUAGUCCUGUAUCUACAUUGCAUUUUUAUGACUAUAUGUAUCUUGUUCUGAUAAAAUGAAAUGUAUAUUUAUGAUCUUUGUUUAUUCCUGGAUGAUAAUAUGAAUCUCACAAUGGAUUUUCCUAAGAACAAUGUCAAGGUGUAUUUGUUUACACCUAUACGAACAUUGAUGACUUCAUGACCAGAAGGCCAUGAUGAAUACCUGUGAGGUAUUGGAAUCAGAUUAUGGACAUUGCUGCCCAACCCUGGGUAAUACCUGCCAUCUUCAAUAUCUCUGGAAGGGAUAUCAGAUGGUAUCCGACUUGUGUUUUGCUUGGAACAUUGUAUCAAUUGCAGUGAAAAGAAGUCUUUUAUCACCGCAUUGCUACCCAAGUGUUGGACGUAUUCAACACAGACUGUCACAGUACAAAGAUUGAUAUAUGAACUUGUAUCUUGUUUGAAGCUUUCAAGAAUUGUAAGAAAAUAGUGAAAAAAUAACAAAAACAUGUUCGUUGCUGUUGUUGAUGUUUUGGUAAAUAUUUGUUGAACAUUUUGUAUGUUGUACACACUUGAGAACUUUGCUGGACUUUUAUGCUUGUCAUUUAAGAAAUGUCUUCAGUGUGGAAAUUAACAUUGAAAUGUUUGUUUGUUAUGUCCUAUCUAUGCUUUGACAAUGUAAUUAAUUGUAUAAAUCAUUAUGUAUGAAAUGUAUACUUAUGUAUUUCAGAAUUUACACAAUAUUAACAUGUUAAUAUUGUAUGUUUUCACAUAACUUUGCACUUUUUUUUCUAGAAUUCAUGCAGUGUUCAUGCAUUUACAAAAUGUUGAUUGUUAAAAUUCUUUAAUGUUUACGCAAUGUUCAUGUUUACAAAGUAUAUUUGUUGUAUAUACAUUGUUUAUGAUCAUAUAUUAUGUGUCUAUUCAUGUACACAAUGUUUAUGAUUAUUAACAUUGUUAGUGUAUACACCAUUCUAGAUUAUUAACAAUGUUCUUAUUGGACACAAUACACGAUAUUCAUGUUAACUUCUGUACUGUUAAGCACAGUACACGCAUCUACAUGACACACAUUAGUUUGUAUGAUGCCGGUGUUGUUUAUUUUUAAAAAAUGCUUACCCUCGAUUCCACAACUAAGUCACUGGCUAACUAACAUCUUCAACAACAGGUAUCGAUUGGAUAUUUUCAUUUGGAUUAAAGCAAUAAUGAACAGAAAUCUGCUUGGAACAAAGUCAAAUAUAGAUAACACCAACAAGAUUACAAGGGCAGUAUUUAUCCUGUGCAUUAUGACGUUAGUGAGCUCUCAUUGAAUGAAUUUUCCAUAAAGAACAUAUAACUUUGGUCAAAAUAAAAAUGACUUCAUACAUUUAGUGUAUAACAAACAAACGUAAAUGAACUAACCAUAUUAUUGAAUUGUUAGCAUAAUUAUUUAUGAUUUUUUUAGUAAAAUUGUAUUAUUAGAAUAACCAACCAAUAACUUUGAAUUAUGGAUUAACUGUUCUUUUGUCGUGAAUUAAUGUUCUGAUUUCCUUCUCUAACCAAAACACGGGAAUUUUAGCAUGAAUUCACUCAUCACAGCUACUCUAUUAUUCCAUAUGGUUAGUUGGUUAUUCUGUAAAUAAGUAUCUAAAAUUUGAUUAUCAAUUUUUUGACUGAGAAACAAUAAAGAAAAUGUUUCCUUUUGCCGAUCUUAAAUUUUUAUUUAAAAUAAAUUUGGCUCUACUUCAUAUUGUAUUAGGUUCCUUUUUCAUUGACUUAUUUCUUGGUAACAGGAUCUGAUUUAAUAAAUGUUGAUGAUAUCAGUGCCUGUGUCAUUUAAAUUUCACGACAUCAGUAACUUGGCCGUGUAAAAUUAAUAACAACAGUAACUAUCAUCAUUAUUGACAAUAUGAUUAUCCGUGUCAGGUAUUAGAAAUAUGUGUUAACAAGCCAGUGUUAUCAAAAACAUCCGUCUGUAUCAGAUUUAGACGUCAAUUACUUUAAAUCCGUUAUGAAUUCGGCUUAUAUUUGUGAUACAUUUAGUAUUGUUGUAUAAUUAGUAGAACUGUGGUGAUCUGAUUUCUUUGUUGUUAUAACACGUAUGGCCUAUGACGUCCACAGCAAUGUAUUAUGUAGACCAGUCUACUGGUGUAAGUUCGACUGCCCCUCCCCUAAUUAUAUACUUGUAAAACUGUCCCCUCUGUAACCCCGAAUUUACACACGUACUGCCAGGACUUGGCAAUACUCUACAUGACAUGUAGCACUAAAGUGCAUUUCAUAACACUUUGGGCAAUUAAUCUUUUAAAAUGGUCUCCUUAAUAUUACCAUGUAUGAUUUAAGCGUUUCUUGACUGAAGUUUAAAAGAGUGUAUCUUGGUAGGUAAAUACGUUAUUUUGUUCAGUCCCUGUGGCCUAAUCAACUGUAGUCCCACAAAACCAUGGAUUUAUGAGGAGGUUUUCGUGAACAGGGGCUUUAAUCAGCGUCUGUGUUUAUAAAUAAACACAACAUUUGAGAGUAUAAACGUAUUACACCAGUGAAUCGCAAGAUAUAGUCUUUGGCAACUGUCCUUAGUCAAAACUCCAUUCUUGAUAUACAGGUUCGUUAAACUUCACGUUUUAUUGCGUAAUUAAUAAGAAAAUAACACUCCAGCAUGUUAAGUAUUAUACUUUGAUGUAUUUUUUAUUCAGUAUUGACACAGUGUUAUCAUAUGUAUGGACACAAAACUAAAAAAAUGCGUUUGGCUGACUUUCAUUCAUUGCUCCAUCCUUGACAAUCAAGUGUGUUGUAUGUUACGUAUUUGGAUGUACUCACAUGGUAAAUCACACUCCAGCUUUUAUGGAGACUUAUUUGAAAAACUGUAUUUGAAAAAUAAACGUAAUAAACGUUAAAAUAAAAAAUAAAAUAUGAGUAAAAUAUUCCCAUGGUUUUCGCUUUGGAAUAAUGAAAUAUGUUAAAAAAAUUAGUUUGGGUGACUUUCCUUAGUUAUAGCUCCAUCCUUCAUAUGUAGGUCUUUACGUUUUAGUGCGUCAUUAUGUGGAAACAUGACACUCAAGCAUUUUGAUAUUGUUAGUUAUGAAAAUACUUUUACUUUCAAAACGACAGUUGAUGAUAAAUAUAUUCCUUUGGUUCUCUUCAUUGUGCCACAAGUAUUUUUGUUUUCAAAUAAUCGUUUUUGAUGACACAUUCUUCAUAUGCAGUUGUGUUAUGCUUCACGUUUUUAGUGCGUAAUUACGUGGAAUAAUAUCACUACAACAUUUUGAGAAUGUUAUUUAUAAAAACGGUCAUUUUGAAAUCAAACAGCAAAUUCAAAAAUAUUUUUU